AUGGCGAUGGAUAUUCUGGAUUUUGAAACUAUUCCUGGGGAGGAGGACGCAAUAGAAGGCCUUUUGGAUCCUAUGGACCUCUUGGAUGGUAUUGAGUUGGGAGAGUUUGACUUUCCUCCUGCCGGCUUCGAACAGGGCUUGGAAAAUUCUGACAGUGACAGUGGGAUCAGCGCUGGGGAGGAGGACGCAAUAGAAGGCCUUUUGGAUCCUAUGGACCUCUUGGAUGGUAUUGAGUUGGGAGAGUUUGACUUUCCUCCUGCCGGCUUCGAACAGGGCUUGGAAAAUUCUGACAGUGACAGUGGGAUCAGCGUUUCCUGUGAAAAUGUACUACUUGGACGCACCCAUAGUCUUACCGCACCUACAACAACAGUCACCAAAUCAACACCAGUCGUCCCAGAUUUAGUACUCACGGAUGCGGUAUAUUCCUCUUUUUCACCCUCGUCGGUUGCCAAACAAACGGCUGUCUCAGGGUCUUCAUUUGUACAGCAUUCGACGACCCAGAAUAUCACGCCGGCCAAACCAGUACGUAUCUUUAAACUCUGCAACGGCACUCCUGGACGUCCAGCAUUCAUCACUCCCAUCGAGUCCAACGUACAAGGUCCUACAUAUCGCUCAAACAUAGGUCGACUCACCGCUGCUCCCAACCCUUCGCAGAGUUUGAACACUACUACACGUACACUUGGCCACUCUGUUAUCGUGCAAACAAAAAGCCCAGUCCUUUCAGAUUCAGUUACAACAAAGGAAACCCCAAAGAUCACACCAAAUCCUUAUAUGCGAGUUGUUAAGCCGGAUCCCGAAAUUUUGGUAACAGGUGAAUUUUCCUCAACCGCCAGUCAGCCGGAGUUCACCUCGUUCCUCGAUGACUAUGACCCAACACUGUAUUCCGACGUCGCUCUGGAAGAGCACUUGCGUGACAUAUACGGACAGUCCUCAUCGACAUCAGUCACCCCUGCCCUCGGUUCACAUGCUGCACCGUUCCCACUCGGUUCCACAUCACACUACUUACCCUCUGCUGAACUGUUAAGCUCCAACGACUGUCUCUUGACACACACCAGUUUGGAACGUCUACGGAAGAAACAGGAGAGAAUGAUAAAAAACCGGCAUGCUGCGAGCAUGAGUCGGCUGCGCAAGAAAGAGUACCUUGAACGUUUGGAAAUGCGCUACGAACAGCUGAAGCGGGAAAAUAUCAAUCUGUGGCGACAAAAUGAAGAAUGGCGCGUGCGGUGCAAUGAAUUGGAACGUAAUUUAACGGAGCUUCAGUCGCAGUUGAGUAAUUACGACUCCAGUGAUUCGCAUCCAGAUAAUGGCACACCAUCGGAUUCUUCAUCCGCCCCAUCUACACCUCCCUUGCAGACAGUAAAUACAAUUUCACCACCUGAUUUGACACGAAAAACAGCUGCCCAUUCUCUCCCAGUCUCCGUGACUGUCUCUGGCGCGUCUCUACUUCACGCCUUCUCUACCCCCACGCGAAACAGUUUGACUACCCUCUCGAUUCAGACCCCGCAAUCUACGGACCAAACCUCUUUGAAAUGGGUGAACGGCAUUGAUUUGGCUCAACCUCCAGAGCGCUUUUCUGAUUUAUUUUCCACAGUGUUGGACAAACGUUCUCAGCCUCCCAGCAACCGGAAAACGGUUGCUAACAGUGUCUUCUAUCCCGGGAAAGGCAGCAUCCUUACCAAAUCCAAUGAGUCUGUUCCAGCGAGAGUGCAUCGACCUAACUUACUCAACCUCUCCGGCGUGGUCAGUCGACAAUUGGCGGGCAGUCGUCUGCACACGAAUCGCGCAAAAAUCGUUGCCACAACAAGUCUUCUUAGUAUCCUUUGUUUAUUCUCACUGAAUAUCUUCCUGUCUCCUUUUGAUUCGGGAAUGGGUGCAACUGGGAUCUCCGAUGCACAUUUACAGUAUGGUAACGUAUGGAACCCUCCUCAAUACGCAGCUGGUCAGAGAUUACUGCUUAGUUUUUCCGAACCCGUUACGUCGCCACCAGAAAAUUCAGAUACUGCGGGAGACCAGGAACAGGAGAUUAAUGUGAAUGGAUCGCGCUGCAACCCAGCCGACAAUGGACAGGUUGAUGUCGAUUGUAUAUGGCAACUGUGGAUACAACAGAACAAGAUGAAUCACUCGAAUCAGAGUCGCGAACCACUGUCUUCGUCGCAUGGUGGACUGCAGUACUCAACCCAGCCGUUGCAUGGAAAAAACGACCUCUCAUCUAGGCAUCAGGUGCGGAAUCCAUCACGCGCUUACCACAAUCCAAGUGAAACCAACGAGGGCCCUGAUUCGUAUUUGAUAGGACAACAGAGUCGCCUUUCGUCUGCGCCUUCCCAAGAUGUCAACAAUAUGGUGGAAAAUACGUCCGUAUUGGCGACGAAACGUGCAAAUUCUAGGAGAUUGUCACCCAUGCAUCGACCGACCAAAGUUGUCCCUCAGAGGGGCUUACAGCCUUUUUACCGUCGCUUCGUAUGGUAUCAGGAGGAUCUUCUAGAAGCGGCUGGUCGCCGCAAUGAUACGGUUUAUUUCAUCCUAUCGAAAAUCGAUGCAGUUCAUGUGUUCGAUCCUGCUGGAGACUCACCAGCCAGGAAGAUCACAUUAAUUGUACCAGCCUAUCGGACUCAAAAUGUCUCAAACUUCGUCAUGCCAACCAACGAAUCCGAUCCACGCCUCAUAAUGCUCCAAGUUGACUGUGACCUACGCAAUGUGACCUUCAUUCAUCCACCCGAGAAGCCAGUCGAAGCACCUCGGAACUGACACAUUAGUAGGAAUAGCCUGUGUUAACGGACCCUUGAACGGGUGGUUCUAUCCUUUUGCAUACUCCCACUUCCCAUUCGUUUUCUCUGUGCAUGUUCAUACUUUGUUCUCAUUCCAUUGCAGUGUCCUUUUCUACUUUGAUUUUCCUUGACACUUGUUUCCUCUUUUAGUGCGUUCAUCUCUGUUCCUUUUGUUUGCUCAACGUCUCAGUGCAAUCCAUUUUCCGUCUCACCCCUCCACACUCCCCACCCAACUCUUUUAAUUCAUUGUCCCCGGUUAAUUGCAUUGGACGUUCGUGCUACGUUAUGUUUGGCUGUUUUUCUGUCCAUUUUCGCGUUAUCUCACCUUAUAUGCAACAUAGACCCUGGAUUCGAA